UCCACGGUGGUCGAUAUUAGCUCGUAAAACUUAUAGACAAACGUAAAUUUACGAAUGUAACUUAACAAUGACAUCGUAGUUAAUUAACUAGUUCAUUAAUUUGUUAGGUUAAUAUUUGUUUCGUGUCUUGUGGUGUUUUUAUGUGAAAUUUAGUGCGUAACGGUAAAGUGCAUUGUGAACUUUGUGGGUCUUAGAACUACACAAGACACACCUCGGCGACUGAACUCGCGGAGCCCGUUUUUUGACAAAAAUACGUAAUGAAACGUCAUUCGUGAUUAUUUCCGUACUCGAUUUUAAGAAACGAAUUAAAAAAAAGAUGGAAACAAGAUGGAGAACGUUCGUGAUAUUAUCGUUCUGCUUGGGUUCAGGCUUAGCAAACAUGUUACCGGUGUUCACGCAAGACAUGAACAACUUACCACUAUCGGAGAGUACUCCGGUUGGCACAGUGGUCUACACACUGCAGGGAGUUCACCCUCAGGGGUUACCGAUCAAAUACAGCAUGGUCGGCUCUGACAAUUUCGUUGUAGAUCCUGAGUCCGGCGAUGUCACGCUAGACAAACCUUUGGACAGAGAGGUUGACGAUACGCUGAAGUUCCUCGUUUCCAUUGAAGCUGACGACCCUCAGGGUCAGCAGAAGCUGAUACAGAAACAGCCCGUCACAGUCAUAGUGCUAGAUGAAAAUGAUAAUCCGCCUACAUUCAAAAACAAUCCUUACGAAGUAGACGUGCCAGAAGACGAAGCUAUAGGAACGACCAUCCUCAACAACAUACUGGUGGAAGAUAAAGAUUUUGUCGGCGAUAAUCUUGAAGUUGGAUGUUCGGCCAAUGACCAGUGGCCCGAAGCUUGCGACAUCUUUGACGUGGUGGCUUUAAACUCGACUUCGCACCACUACCACGGAGCUCUGGUCCUGAAGAGGCCUCUCAAUUACAACGAACGGCAGUUCUAUCAAUUUCAAUUGUCUGCCACAGACGGCAUUCAGAACUCCUCCGGACAAGUAGAAGUGAAGGUGAUAGACGUCCAGAAUUCGAGUCCCAUGUUCUACGGAGCGCUCAGCGGAGCGCUGUCAGAGGACGCGCCGGUCGGCACCCUGGUGCUGACGGUGAAGGCCAGGGACGCUGACAAGGCUCAACCCAGGCCUGUCGUCUUGGAGCUGCUCACUAAUCCUCUGGAUUUCUUUCUGUUGGACAAAAACACUGGAGAACUACGGACAGCCAAGCCGCUAGAUAGAGAAGCUCUGGACGAUCCGUCCUCGCCACUAAAUUUAACCGUCAGGGCAACCGAAAUAGUGAACGGCUCACCGCUGAUAUCGGAUUUGACGUCGACCGUCGCGACGGUGACCAUCACCAUUAAGGACGUGAACGACGAACCGCCCCGCUUCAACCGAAGGGAGUACGCCGUUCAGAUACCGGAGAGUCUACCGAUCGGGACGCCGCUGCCCAACUUAGAGAUGGUCGUCACCGACACUGAUUUGGGUCUCAAUUCGGUGUUCGGUUUGCGUUUACUGAAUGAGUUCGAAGCGUUCGUCGUGGAGCCCCCGUCGGCAACCGGCAGCGCCUCCGUCACCAUACGACUCAACUCCAGCUUGGACUACGAGGACCCGAACCAGAGGAAGUUCAUUUUGGAGGUGAUAGCAGAAGAGCUGCACACGACCCCGAAGCUGUCGUCACGGGCCAGCGUGACGGUGACAGUGACAGACGUCAAUGACAAUGCGCCGCAAUUCGCGGAGGAGCCCGUGGUGCGGUCCUUAUCGGAGACUUCGCCCCCCGGCACCCGCCUCAUUGCCUCGCGUGCCACUGACCGGGACACGGGAAGGUUCGGUACGGAAGGUAUUGUGUAUGAGCUCUCCGGUAACGGGGCGGAGCUGUUUGACGUCGACAAGAGAUCUGGUGUGAUCAGCGUCGCGGAAUGCCCUACUCCUGGACAACUGACGUGCCUGGACUACGAGAGCAGAAAGGACUAUUUCCUGCAAUAUAAGGCGACUGAUGAUUACGGCAACGGUCAAAUGACGGUGGUCUCGCUUCAGAUAUCAUUAAUUGAUGCGAACGACAAUGCACCUGUAUUUGUGACGCCGGUCUACAAGGCGUCUAUUGAUGAAGACGCUGUUAAAUUCGAACCAGAAUUACAGGUUCUAGCUCGCGAUGUCGACGUGUCAUCAGACAUACGCUACUCUAUCGUGGGUCCGGCGACGCAUCCGUUCUGGAUCGAUCCAGCCACCGGGAAGAUCACAGUCAACCCCGAGUCCGGGAGAGUGGCAGCGGUGGAUGACUCCAACAAGAUAAUACUCACUGUAUUGGGCACAGAUGGCGUUCACAACGCAACCUGUAAAGUGGAGAUUUCUAUUCGCGACGUGAACAACCACGCGCCUGAGUUUGACACUCACAAAUAUGACGCUAAUAUCUUCGAAGAUGCACCUAUAGGUACGGAGGUCGCCGCGGUGCGUGCCACAGACUUGGAUACAGGGAUAAACGCUGAGAUCAAAUAUGCCAUACAGAAGGGAGCACUGGACGCUUUUGCCAUUGACAAUGUCACCGGGGUAGUGACGGUCGCGUCCGGUCUAGACUACGACAAGAGGAACACAUACACGAUCCAGAUCACCGCCACUGAUCUCGGCGUACCGAGCUUGACCGGGACCACUGAGCUGCUGGUGCACGUCGUGAACGUUAACGACAAGAAGCCGCAGUUCGCGCCUCCCGUGCAGAGGGCGGAGGUGUCCGCGGACGCGGGCCCCGGCGCCAGGGUGCACGACCUGACGGCAUUCGACCCUGAGAUCGAGGACGUCGACCGGCUCCUCUACGAACUGGCCGCCGACAGAAUGAUCAAGGCAGUCGAUAAAAACGGUAAAGAGGUAUCUGAAGAAGGAAUAUUCGAUCAAUGGAUGUCAGUAUUACCGAACGGCACAGUGGUGGUGGCACAGAAGCUGGACCGGUCCAGGGCGGCCGUGCUCAGCCUCCCGGUCAGGGUCACGGAUACUUCUGCUCCCGCGUUACAACAAGCUGACGGGGAAUUAAUAAUAACCAUAGUGGAUGUAAAUCGUUACGCUCCGGUGUUCUCCCAGCCGUCGUAUUUGCAAAGCAUGGUGGAGGAGCAGCCCGUGGGCACAGUGCUCGAGACGUUCACGGCUACCGAUCGUGAAACUCCAAUUUCUGCGAUCAUCAUCCACCCACCGAACCCGUAUUUCGAGAUCGACAAUCGUACAGGGCUAGUGAAGUCGACCCAGAAGAUAGACUACGAGAAGGUCCACAGCAUUAACUUCACGCUGAUAGCGUUCGACUCUGGGGUGCCGCAGCUGACCACCACGGCCGGCGUCACCGUGGAGAUACUCAACGCCAACGAUGAAGACCCACUGUUCGACACUGAGGGGUACGAAGCUGAAGUUCUGGAACAUUCCGAGGCCGGUACCGAAGUCGUGACAGUUCACGCCUCCGAUAAAGAUGAGGGUGAGUACGGUGAAGUCCGGUACAGCCUCUCCGGUGACAUGUCUCUGUUCACCAUCGAUCCGAUAUCGGGGGUGGUGACCAUUGCUCCCGGCGCCGACAUCGACCGCGAAGCCGUCACCGAGAUAUGGAUGAGGGCGGUAGCAUCUGACAACGCCCCUCAGCAUCUGAAGAGAAGUACCAGUGUACCGUUGCACGUGAAAGUGCUGGACAUAAAUGAUCAUGCGCCGGUCUUCAGUCAGAAAGUGUACAAGAGUACAAUCGCGGAGAAUCUGCAACUGGACCCCCCGGCCGCCAUACUCCAGGUCAUAGCCGAGGACAAGGACGAAGGAGUCAAUGGGAAAGUGGAGUUUAAGAUCAUUGAACAGAGCGAACCGGGCACGUUCACGGUGGACCCGGUGAGUGGUAUCAUCUACCCAGCGAGAGCGGUGGAGGGCAACAGGACCUACCAGCUGGUGGUGCGCGGCGCGGACGGCGCGGGGCCCGCCGCCCUCAGCGACACGGCGCGCGUGGACAUCACCGUGCGCAGCCUCAACACGCACGCCCCGCUGUUCGUGCAGCCCCCGCCCGGCCAGAGCACCAUUGAGAUACCAGAGAACGCAGCACAAGCAGAUUUCCUAAUAACGACAAUCAAAGCUACGGACGAUGACAGCGGAGAAAACGGGCGAAUCUCCUACUACCUGAAGGUGGAUAAUCAGAACGUUGGCGAAACCGAAGAGUUCAGUCUGGACCGGGACACCGGUGAACUUAGGACUAAGACGUUCUUGGACCGCGAAGAAGUCCCUGAAUAUCAGCUGGCGAUAGCGGCUGUCGACAACGGGAGCCCGGCGCAAUUCGAAACUCUUCGACUCCUGACCGUCGUGCUGGCUGACGAGGACGACAACACUCCUGAGUUCUCCCAACGCAGCUACGUGUUCAACAUCAAGGAGAACCUGCCUCCUAACACCAUCAUCGGCACAGUGAAAGCAGUAGACAAAGACAUUGGCGAAAACGGUAAAGUCUACUACCAUGUCUUAGAAGGGAAACAAGAAGGAGCUUUCGUGCUGGACAGAACUCAGGGUGUCGUCAGGGCCAAAAUUAGCUUUGACAGAGAGCAGCGCGCCGAAUACUCGCUUAUCGUGUACGCGAGUAACAACCCAAUCUUAGAGCACGCAGCGGACGUGCUCAACUCAAUAGACAACGGUACACAGGUCGAGUCCGGCGUGGCGUCAUUGAAAAUCAACAUUCUGGACGAAAACGACAACGAACCAAAAUUUCAGAGGAACGUCUACUUCGCCGGUGUCAAACACACAGCGCGCAUCAACGAGCCCAUCCUAUCGGUCAUCGCCGAAGACCCCGACCUGGACGAGAACGGCACCUUGCUGUAUAUGAUAGCCGCUUCGAACCUUUAUAAAUUUGGAGCUUCGGAGUCCAGUGGGAGCGUCGUACCAUCACCGUUUAACAUCAGCCAGGAUGGCUUACUGAUGACAGCACACUACAUGUCUGAGUACAACCAGGAUCGCUUCGUGCUGGACAUCAUUGCGCAAGAAGUGGCGCCGCCACGCAGACAGGCGAAGACGCAAGUAUACGUUUGGGUAAUAGAUCGUUCGGCUUUAAUAAGGAUGGUGGUGUCCCGGAGUUGUUCCUCGUCAGUGAGCGGUGUUCAGAAGAGAUUGGCUGAUGCUGGAGAGGCCCUUCUUGUACCAGGUCGAAAACUGCCUCUCGUUCAGGCCGAUAGGAGAUACGACGACUGGUGCGAAAUUCACCUGCACGCAGUCGAUCCAACUACGUACCAAGUGCUUCCCGUCGAGAAAGUUCUGGAGAACAUUGACUCUAAGUUCGACGAGCUGAAAGACGUUUAUCAUGAGUACGGGGUCGAGACUCUCAUAGCUGCCAGCGCUAUAUCCAAAGCACCUGAUAGCUUCGAUCCAGCUUUAGCAGCUUUGAUAGCAUUACUGAUAGUGCUGUUCACUGGAAUAGUUACAUUUGUUGUGGUAUGCGCUUGUCUUAAACAUUGGGUAAUAUCACCACCAUCAAUGCAGUCCAGUAAAGGCGACAGUCUUGCCCGGCGGAAAAUCCUGGAGGAAUUGUCCACGACUGAGAACCCUCUCUGGCUAGAGACGAAGCUAAGGCCAUACGAGGAACAAGAGUUGACCAUGAAUGUCUUCGGAGACCAGAACGAACAGGUCGUUGUGGAACCGGCGCCGACUGACAACACCUACGCAACGAUACAAGGCAGCAGGGCGGCAGAGAGGUUCGGUGAUUACGCUACUCUAGGAGGCGAGUCUCCAACCCCUCUAGAGACAGCUUUAGGAUUUCAGGGUAGCACCUUCAAACCGCCAUCUCCUGAUACUCCGGAGCCGCCUCCGCGUCCCACAGGACUAGGCGUUUUAUAAUGAUGUAUCAUUAAAAUUAAUAUGAAAACAAAAUAGGAAUGUAAAUAAACGAACCUAUAUGCAUGUUGACAAUGUUUUACAAUUUACAAUCAAUGACGUAAUAUUUGAAGUAACAUAUAUUGAGAUUAUUUAUAUCAAACGCUUUCUACAUAGGAAAAUAAUCUUUAUUAUUAAGAACUUAAUGUUGAAUUUAGUUCGCCCGGAUCUGGCCUGUAUUACAUUGACAACGUCCAUUAAAAUGAAUUUCGUGUAAAUUUUAUAUUGGAAUUGUACUUUGAAUAGAUUAUCUGAAUUACGAUGCAAUUAGUAAAAAAAAAACGACCUUAAACAUUGAUGGCUUAAGAUUUAAAUUUUAUGUAUUGCCCUUUCCUUUUACUGUUGACAUUAAAAAACAAGGCCUUUUCAAUAAAGUUCUAUUGAUAACAGUAGAGAAACAAAGACGAUUAAUUGACAAACUGGAAAAACAUUGGAAAUUGUUCUUGCCUUAUAUGAAAAGAAAAAAUGUUUUUCAAAAAAGGUAAUGUUUAAAUACUCUUCAAAGUAUGCCGGUAGGUACACCUAAGCUCUAAAAUAAGUCAAAUUACCGAAUAUAACCAGAAUUACAGGUCACAACUAGAAAAUCUUUACUUAAUUGUUGUUUAAAUCGCAAUAUGCGGGUAGACCUUGAUUCCGUAACGUUAUUACAUUAAGCAGACACUAAGCGAUCGAUGUUGAUCUUGUGUCUCUUUCUAUAGGUCGAUAAGUGACAGGGACAUAGUGAGUGUUAGGAAACCGCUUCCAAAAACGAUAGUACUAAUGACACCUUCGAUAAUGGAGUUAUUUAGACAAAUGUUGUAAAUAAAUAUUUGUGGGGUCGCGCGAGUCUGCGCUGCGCCCGUGGGUUCGUUGAUCCGAGCAUCAGCUGUUUUUGAUUUUGUGUUUCAUUGCUGGGUUUUUUUUGUAAUGUAUUUUUUAUGAUAUUAUUGUUUCAUCUAGCUUAUCUAUCAUGAUAGAGCGUAAAUAAUGCUAAUAUAUACGUUUUAAAAAUAUGUUUUUUUUUUUAUAAAUCAGGAUCAAUUUUUUUACCGUCCCAUAA